AUGACUGAAUUAAAAGAGGCAGAAAGUUUUGUAAGUGUUGAAAACCCGCUUGAAGAUGCUUCUUUCAGUGGUGAGGGUCUGGGUAAUAAUAGCGUUAUUGUAUGCGAAGUUUUCACUGUUGAUGACAAUGAAAGAUUAUUAAUAGAAACUGAAGAAUUAUCUGUUGGUCCAGAUAAUAAGCGAAACAAAGCCCUAGAAAAUU